AUGGCAUCCCUGCGUCGCGUCGCGGUGGCCACCAGCUCCACCGCCAUUCGCUUGUUUUCCUUCGUCUUCCUGCGAUGGAUCCCGGGCCAUCUAUUCGGCCCUAUCGUAUUCACCUCCCUGGCGGUGUAUCUCUCGUCGCUAUUUUCAUUGCUAAGUGGUGACGAGACCACUCAACGUGAGUCAAAGAAGAACCAGAAGAGCUCUGCUAGAUUAUCUAAAGAUUUGGGCGCAAACCAGCCACGCGAUUCCGCGCUGAAGACACUGUUGACAGGUCUUCCUUCGAGGCGGUCGCGACUGUGGACCUGGACAACAGGGCUCAUUAACGUUGUACUGGCACUGCUGACCCUCGACUUCCUCGUUCGUGGCCUGGUCGCAUACCCUAGCAAUGAUGUGUCUUUUUCUCGCAUCGGGUUUGUAUCUCCGACUACGGCCAACUUGCUCUUCCGCGAGCCAGACUCGUCCCAGCUACCCGUUGUCGUCUCAUACCAGGAGGUCACGACAAUCUCGCCUGAGAAGUGGAUCCGAGAAGGCACUGUCUACAAGCUCGAAAAUGAAACGGAUUUCACAGCCACUGUGACACUGAAGAACCUGAAGCCGUCAACCCACUACCGAUACUCGCUAUCCAACAAUAAAUCAGGCACCUUCACAACCUCAGCACGACCUGGAUCGCCAGAAGCAAACAGGCUUUCCUUCGUCACAUCAAGCUGCCUGAAGCCGAAUUUCCCCUACAACAUCCUCUCGCAUCCAUUGCGAGUACCCGGAAUCGAGCAAUUGACGGAAGCAAUCGGCAAACUCCCAGCGCUUCUUCGACCAGCGUUCAUGCUCUUCCUCGGUGAUUUCGUCUAUAUCGAUGUUCCAUUCCGCUUCGGCUCCUCGGUGUCUCACUACCGCAGCGAGUACCGACGGAUCUAUUCUUCCCCUUCCUGGAACGCUAAGUCAGAGGCUGGGUCCGCAAUUGACUUACCCUGGAUCCAUACUCUGGACGACCACGAGAUCGAAAACGACUGGUCCAAAGGCAACAAGACCGCGCCUUAUCCCGCGGCUGCCGACCCUUUCAUCCACUACCAUGUGAGCGCGAACCCGCCAGUACCAGCGGCCUCAUUCGCCCACCCAGACGAUGUCACCUACUUCUCUUUCGUCAACGGUCCGGCCUCAUUCUUCAUGCUGGACACUCGUACCUACCGCUCCGAGCCAGCAAAGGAAGAUUCCACCAUCCUUGGCUACGCUCAGCUUCAAUCCCUGUUGGCAUACCUCUCGACACCCGAACCAGCUGGCGUGUACUGGAAAAUCAUCGCCUCCAGUGUCCCCUUCACCAAGAACUGGCACGUCGGCACAACAGAUACAUGGGGCGGCUUCUUGAACGAGCGCCGUACAGUCUUUGAAGCCAUGUGGCGCGCCGAGCGCGAGCUUGGUGCCCGCAUCAUCCUACUUAGUGGUGAUCGCCACGAAUUCGCCGCAACGCGAUUCCCAGAUCCCGCACUUGGACUCACUUCCGACGAGCUCCAACCGAACACGGCUGGUUUUGGACUUCAUGAGUUCAGUGUUGGCCCGUUGAGCAUGUUCUACCUUCCUAUUCGGACGUAUCGCCAGACAGACCCCGAAGACGUCUCUGUGAAAUAUGCGCCAGAUGGAAAUAGCAAGUUUGGUCUCAUUGAUAUUGCUGAUGAUGUUGAGGAUGAUCCUACUGCGCCUGAGCAUGUGCCUGUCCGCAGCUCUGUGCUUACGUACUCGCUCUAUGUGGAUGGAGAGGUUGUCUGGAAGUAUCGUCUCAGUGUCCCUCAUUUUAAGAAUACGAAAUCGCAUUUUAAGCCUGGAAAUGUUGUUGAGGAUAAGCUGGUGACGGAAAGUUGGGGUGUUGUUGUUAAGACGACGAUUGGGAGGAUAGAGGAGCUUGCGCAUUUCGUCGUGGAAAAAGCAACUGACUUGUAUGAUGCUGCAAUUGUCCUUUACCAGGGAAUGUGA